UGCUGGCUCACUCACUCACUCCCACUCAUUGCUGCUCCUUUGCUUUUGCUCACGUGCCGGCCGGCUGAGCAAAAAGUGCCACCCAUGAGCCAGCUGACUACUUUUAAACCUGCUUCGACUUGAUUGUUGCGAUUUAUUCCUCUCUAAUUUCUUUUAACAGGCCCCUAGGGUUGCAUGAAGUAGACGUUCAGGUUGGGUUUCUUUAUCCCCCCCCCCACCUACUUUUAUUCACUCCAUCUGUGUGUGUGCGAGUGUGUGUGAGAGAAGAGAAGAGAAGAGGAGAAGCAGGAUGAUCGCAGCGCAGCUACUAGCCUACUACUUUACUGAACUCAAGGAUGACUACGUCAAAAAGAUUGACAAGUACUUGUACUCCAUGCGCUUCUCUGAUGAGACGCUGCUGGACAUCAUGCAGCGCUUCCGCAUGGAGAUGGUCAAGGGGUUGAACCGCGACACCUACACCACGUCCUCGCUGAAGAUGCUGCCGACAUUUGUACGCUCCAUCCCCGACGGCUCGGAAAAAGGAGAUUUUAUCGCGUUGGAUUUGGGAGGAAGUGCCUUCAGGAUCCUUCGCGUUAAAGUCAGUCACGAGAAGAAGCAGACCGUUCAGAUGGAGAGCCAGAUCUAUGACACACCGGAGGACAUCAUGCAUGGGAGCGGAGCGAGACUGUUCGACCACGUGGCAGAGUGUCUGGAUGACUUCAUGGAAAAACAUAACAUUAAAGACAAGAGGCUGCCAGUUGGCUUUACGUUUUCCUUCCCUUGCCAGCAAACCAAACUUGACGAGAGCACUCUGUUAACUUGGACCAAGCGCUUCAAGGCGAGCGGAGUGGAGGGCAUGGAUGUCGUAAAGAUGCUCAACAAAGCCAUCAAACAACGAGGAGACUAUGAAGCUGACAUCAUGGCUGUGGUGAACGAUACCGUGGGAACGAUGAUGACGUGCGGCUUCGACGAUCAACGAUGUGAAAUCGGCGUUAUCAUCGGAACCGGCACCAACGCGUGCUACAUGGAGGAGCUACGUCACAUCGACCUGGUGGAAGGCGACGAAGGCAGGAUGUGUGUGAACACCGAGUGGGGGGCCUUUGGAGACGACGGCUGGUUGGAGGACGUCCGGACCGAGUUUGACCGAGAGAUUGACCGAGGCUCUCUGAAUCCCGGCAAGCAGCUGUUUGAGAAGAUGGUUAGUGGACUGUACAUGGGCGAGCUGGUUCGUCUCAUUCUGGUCAAGAUGGCCAGGGAGGGUUUGCUGUUUGAGGGAAGAAUCACCGCUGAGCUUCUUACUAAAGGCAAAAUUGAGACCAAGCACGUGUCAGCCAUUGAGAAGAGUAGAGAGGGAUUAAUCAAGGCCAAAGAGAUUUUAAUCAGACUCGGUGUGGAGCCCUCGGAUGACGACUGCAUUGCCGUUCAACAUGUUUGCACCAUUGUGUCUGUCCGCUCUGCCAACCUGAUAGCAGCACUACUAGCGGGCAUCCUCAAGAGGCUCAAGGAGAACAAAGGCGUGGCCCGAUUGCGCACCACUGUUGGCAUUGACGGCUCGCUCUACAAGAUGCACCCACAGUACGCACGUCGUCUUCAUAAGGCGGUCCGUCGCUUGGUCCCCGACUCUGACGUGCGCUUCCUCCUGUCGGAGAGCGGUAGCGGAAAAGGUGCCGCCAUGGUGACGGCUGUGGCCUACAGACUUGCCGAGCAGUCGAGGCAAAUCGCACAAACUCUGUCAGAGUUCUCCCUGACGACCGAUCAACUGCUGGAGGUCAAGCAGCGAAUGAGGACUGAGAUCCAAAAUGGCCUUUCGAAGGCCACCCAGGAGUCCGCCACAGUGAAAAUGUUGCCAACGUUUGUGUGCAGCACACCCGAUGGCACAGAAAAUGGCGAUUUCCUGGCUUUGGAUUUGGGAGGAACCAACUUUAGAGUACUGAUGGUCAAAAUUCGUUCUGGGAAGAAGAGAUCGGUGGAGAUGCACAACAAGAUUUACGCCAUUCCUCAAGAAGUCAUGCAGGGAACAGGGGAGGAGCUGUUUGAUCACAUUGUGCAUUGUAUAAGUGACUUCCUGGACUACAUGGGGAUGAAGAAUGCCCGUCUUCCUCUUGGCUUCACCUUCUCAUUCCCCUGCCUUCAGACCCGCCUGGAUGCUGGCAUCCUGGUGACGUGGACUAAAGGCUUUAAGGCUACAGACUGUGAAGGAGAAGACGUCGUGGAGCUUUUGAGAGAGGCCAUUAAAAGGAGAGAGGAAUUUGACCUGGAUGUGGUGGCUAUAGUCAACGACACAGUGGGCACCAUGAUGACCUGCGCGUACGAGGAGCCCACCUGUGAGAUUGGGCUCAUCGCUGGCACCGGCAGCAAUGCGUGUUACAUGGAGGAAAUGAGAAACAUUGAGAUGGUAGAUUCCAACCAAGGGCGAAUGUGCGUCAACAUGGAGUGGGGAGCAUUUGGUGACAACGGAUGCCUAGACGACAUCAGGACCGAGUAUGAUCGUGCCGUCGAUGACUUCUCUCUCAAUCCUGGAAAACAGAGAUACGAGAAAAUGUGUAGCGGUAUGUACCUCGGCGAAAUAGUGCGGAACAUCUUAAUAGAUUUGACCAAGAGGGGCUUCCUCUUCAGAGGUCAAAUUUCGGAAACACUGAAGACCAGAGGCAUCUUUGAAACAAAAUUCCUCUCUCAGAUUGAGAGUGACAGAUUGGCGUUACUUCAAGUGAGGGCCAUCUUGCAACAGUUGGGACUGGACAGCACUUGUGAUGACAGUAUCAUUGUUAAAAAGGUUUGUGGAGCAGUGUCACAUCGAGCCGCUCAGCUCUGCGGGGCGGGAAUGGCAGCAGUCGUUGAUAAGAUCCGAGAAAACCGUGGCUUGGACUUUUUGAACAUCACUGUAGGGGUGGAUGGCACACUCUAUAAACUGCAUCCUCACUUCUCUCGGAUCAUGCACAAAACCGUUAAGGAACUAGCCCCCCAUUGCCACGUCAACUUCCUGCUGUCGGAGGACGGCAGCGGCAAAGGGGCAGCGCUCAUCACCGCCGUGGGCGUCCGGUUGAGACAAGAGAUCCACAACCAGUAACUGUCACAGUCCAGUGGCUUCUCCGGACUUCCAACUGGCACCUCAAUGUUCUGCCCACACUACAGGAGCUAUUUAAGUGUGUCCACGCAAGUAGCAUAAUCACUAUCGUAGCUGUAAAACAUGUCGAAAGUUCCAAAAGAUUCAAUUGUGACAACACAACCCUGCAACUUUGCUCUGUUGUGUGUAAUGUUGCCACCCUUAGGUUUUAUCCAGUAAUUGCAAGGUGUCAACCAUAAUUCAAUGUCUCGCUGCGAGUUGCAGGCUGGAUUUUAUCUUACAUCAUAAUUAGUUAGCUGCAGGGUCGUUAAAUUAUAUUUUCUACCAAAGUCAGGAGAAUGUGUCAGCACAAAAUGCACAAAUACGUGUGAAAGUUGCUAUUAAGGUUUUAAACUCUUAUUCCAGUAUACAAUACAUUUGACAUGUCGUGUUAUUUAUUUUAUUUUUAUAUCCGGAGAUGAUUAAACGCCCCGAUAAUGAUUCACACACACACAUAGUAUAAAAGCUGUUAUUUGUAAUCAGCCUAAUCCUAUAAACAUGAAAACGGAACAUCCAAUCUCUGCUCGAGUGACCCAUGCUUACUGAAUAUGCUUGUUCGCCUUUUAUUUUAUGUUCUAUUUUCUUGUAAUCUCCUGUAAAUUCUGUCCAAACAACACUUGCCCAAAUCACGGCACACUGCUGUCUACACGUUAUGAGUCUUAUCAGUUCAUUAUCAACUGCAAUGAAAGCGUGCUUUCCUAGGUGCCAGCUGGAGCACCAAAUAUGUAGAAGAAUAUUACACUUGCUGAAACUUUAAGACAAUAUGAAACCUUAUUAAAUGUUCUCACCGCUUGUACAAAGGUAAAUGCUUUAAAUCUCAGGUAGGAAGGUAUUUAAAUGCUCAGCUAGGUUGUAUCUAUUUAUUUUUCGCUUCACCAAAAGUGAAUACUUACACAGGAAUUCCAAAUCCUCUUUUAGGUUCACUCCUGGUGUCCCUCAGGGCUCUGUUCUAGGCCUUUUGGAAUGUAAAAAAUGAUUACAAUGUUAGCAAAUCCACCUGAACUUUCAGAAUUUUUUUUUGUAAGUAGUGGUAAUAUUACAACUACAGUUGACCCCUGCAUAGAUUCACAAAUCUGGUUGCCAGCUCUAUUGUGCUUUUGAACCUUUUUGCAUUCCAGAUGUGGUUUUGGGAAAACGUUGUAACAUUGACACAAAAAUACAAGAUUGCGGUCGCUGAACUAUACCGUACACCCUUUUUGGAAUAGACAAAGUGAAGCUGCUGCAGUGUUGUACACAAAACUAAUUUAUGCCGGCAAGAGCAUCUCAAACCAAUACUGAUGAGAAGUUUCUUCCUCAAUAAUGACUCUGCAUUAUUCUCAGUAUUCAUCACAAACACUUGAAUGGCUUUGCUUUAUCUGUCCAACACUGUCAAUUAUUCAAUAAAGUCAAACUAAUGUCAAA